AUGCUCCGGGCGCCCUUCGACUCAGAAAACCGCCGAAUGCAUUCUGGGAUCCAUUCUCGCGCUCCAUCGUGGGCUCGCACAAGGCCCUCCUUUCCCCCCGAGUAUGUCUUGCACCGCGACCGAGACGCACGUGAAGGUGGCGAUGACAACAUUAUCUUCGAACGCGCACGCAACAAAGCCCCCGAGUUAGAUAGUCAGGCAAAGGUAGUGUCGUUGCAGGUCGGGCUUCGCCAUCUGAGAGACGCUUACGUGGAGGCCAGCAACCAAUGUCAGGGAGCCCUCGACGGCUUCGACACAGCAACUCAGAUGGUUGCGUCGUUCGUCGGACCAAAAGCAAUCUGCCAAUUGUGGCAAGAUUAUCUACGACACCAACACAGUACUAGGGUUGAAAUGGACGCUGCAUUGGAUGGUGUCAACUAUUGUCUGCUCAACUUGGCACAGCAGCGUAAUCGAAUUACACUGCCCAAGCCGUUCGGCAAGCACCUCUGUAGAAUAGUCAAGAGGGGACAACAUAUCAUAAGGGACUCUGCCGAAGCCAAGACCGAACAUAGGGCGGCAAAUCGGCUCGUCAUGAGUAUCAAAGCAGCUGCUGCUGACGUCGAUCCUGACUCUGAAGCCAACUAUCGCAUGUUGUACGCUGUGGAUGCGUCACUUAUCAGACAGAAUCAUGGCGGUCCAAAAACGAACAAGUCCCUGGAGGACGAGAAUACAGAUGCCAACGAUGGCAACCCGGUUUGA